AUGGCUUCCCUGGGGGCACCUCUGUCUGCAUGGAGGAGCCUUGCUCCCCGUCUCUCUAGAGACCUCUUCACUUGUCGACAAUGCCUUCGGAACCAAGGCUACGCCGCCAAAUCCGUCCGCCGGUUCGCCGCAAUGCCCUCCCCCCAGCCGAUUAGGACCCGAUCCUCCCUCUUCACCGAUAAGAACCGCCAGUUCUUCACCUCCAGCCUCAAGCGAUCAGCUGCCGUUCCGACCUUUACAAGUGCGAUUGAGGAGGGUGCUACCAAGGCCAAGUCGUCGAGUUUCCCCAAGAUCAGCGACAAGUCUGUCGCGUACUGGCUUCUUGGUAGCGCUGCGAGUGUCUUUGGAAUUGUGAUUUUCGGUGGAUUGACCCGUUUGACCGAAUCAGGAUUGAGUAUCACCGAAUGGAAGCCUGUGACCGGCUCCUUGCCGCCCAUGAACGCGGAAGAUUGGGACUCGGAGUUUGCCAAGUAUCGCGCUUCCCCCGAAUUCAAAUUGUUGAACCCGAAUAUGACUCUGUCUGAAUUCAAGUCGAUCUACUAUAUGGAGUGGAUCCACCGUCUCUGGGGCCGAUUUAUUGGCAUGUCGUUCGUUCUGCCUGCCGUUUACUUCGUCGCGCGCAAGAAGGUUUCUACGCCUAUGGCGUGGCGCCUGGCUGGUAUUGCUGGUUUGAUUGGCUUCCAGGGCUUCAUUGGUUGGUGGAUGGUCAAGUCUGGUUUGAAGGAUGACCUGUUCGCGCCGGGAAGCCACCCGCGUGUGAGCCAGUACCGACUCACUGCUCACCUUGGAGCUGCUUUCACUUGCUAUGUCGCCAUGUUGUGGAAUGGACUUGCUAUCCUGCGCUCUCACCGCCUCAUGAAGGACGCUGCGUCUGGCCUGAAGCAGCUGGAGGCACUCCGGGACCCGCGCCUGGCAAUCUUCCGCCGCUCUGUUGCUGCUCUGGCUGUCUUGGUCUUCACAACUGUCAUGUCUGGUGGCCUUGUUGCUGGUCUUGACGCUGGUCUCAUCUACAACGAAUUCCCCUACAUGGGCCUUGGAUUGACGCCGCCUAGCACGGAGUUGUGGGAUGCCCGCUACUCCCGCCAUGAAGACCGAUCCGAUCUUUGGUGGCGCAACAUGCUGGAGAACCCUUCCCUUGUUCAGCUUGACCACCGUAUCCUCGCUAUGACUACAUUCACAUCCAUCAUGGCCUUGAUGACCUACACUUUCAAAUCGCCCACUAUGAAGCGCCUUUUGCCGCCUAGUGCCAGGAAGGGUGUCCACGGUGUUGUGGGCUUUGCCUGCUUGCAAGUCGCACUCGGUAUUACCACUCUGUGGUAUCUGGUCCCUACUCCCUUGGCAUCUGCCCACCAAGCCGGUAGCCUGUUCCUCCUCACCUGGGUUAUGAUUCUGGGCAGCCGUGUCUGGCACCCGUCGCGCACCGCAAAACUAUUGCAGAUGGCGGUCAAGGCCCGUGGGCAGCAUCUUUCUUCCACGGCCGCCUCCGGUAUGAAGAGGUUGUAA